GAGACAAUAAACAGGUCUUGAAGUCAAUAAUCUUUUGUCCGUCCACUCGGCUACAUUACAAAGAAAAUGGCAAAUUUUUAUUUGUUGGGUUGCUUUUUGUUAGUUCUGUUCAUGGUCAUAUCAGAGUGCAGAGACAGUUCACCAGCGAUUGAGACUCUGUCUGCUCCUCAAGAAGAAGAUGUAGCCCUCCCUUGUUUUAAUUCUAGCGUGAUGAAGCCAGAGAGCUGCAACAGAGUGAAAUUGAUAAAGUUUGCCACAGAUUCCAGUCAAGUGAAGGUUAUCCUUGCCAGGCCUAAAACACCCAAGUUUCCAGAUGCUGAACAUGUAAAAUGGCAACGUGAUGAAAAAGGACAAAUGUCCCUCUUUCUGACAAAACUACAACAAUCUGAUGAGGGACUGUACAGCUGUGAAAUCUGGCAAGGCUGGGACUGUAUUCAUUUCAAAAACAUAUCUUUGAAAGUAAAAGAAUGCAAAGUCCUUCAAGCAGUGAAGGCGGCACCCAGCACACCCAUUAACUUGACUUGCCCAGUAGACAUAAAAUCCCCAAAUAUCUCCUGGGUUAUGCUAAAAGGAGGCAGCCCUGUAUCUGUUAACUCUAAAAGGGUUCAAAUGAAUGGGACGUCAUUAACUAUGCAGUCUGUGGAUUACGGGGACAGUGGUUGGUACAGAUGUAAAUACAUGCUUGAAAAAAGUCAGCGCUGCUUUGACAUUAAUGUACUGGUCCAAGAGGAAAAUGCUGUUGUGGCCACAACGGUACCAAGUAUGUCAGUUCCAGGUAUGUCAGUUCCAGCACUGACAACCAUUGGGAUUCUUUCGACAACCCGGGAGAAGGAGAGCAGUGUAGCAUUAAUUCUAGUGGUGGUUUCAGUCAUCAUUGCGGUUGUCAUAAUUGCUGCCCUGAUAGGACUGCUCAUUUGCUACAGACGUAACACCCUGAUAAAUACACUGCAAAUCCAGAGGCAGCCAGCAGGUACUCAUAUAGAGUCUUUCGACGGUUAUGAAGUUGUGAAUCUUACAACGUCACAGGCUAAUGCAAACCAACGAGUCAACAGUCUGUACCAACAAUUCCAGGAUGAUAGCUUGUGUACUUUCCAGUAUUAGGAAAAUUGAGUCUACUCAAGAAAAAGAAGAGGAUUGCCCUUACUAUCUAAUCUAGAUUGCCUGCUUACAUUUAUACAUUAUGUAAAAACAUGUAACAUCUACUAAACUGUACACUGUAGUAAAGUGUCUACUGAGCAGCAUGGAAAAUGCUACACACAGUUUUUUCUUAGACUGUUGAAAAGACUCUUUUAUGUUGAUGUAUCUAAUCAUCUGUAUCAUUUUAAAUGAUGUUUAAAAUGUAAUCUUACAAUAAAAUAUUUGAAUAAAUAUCUGUAGGAUGAUGAAUGUUCAUGACAAAGUUAUAAACAUUGAUCUACUUUU